AUGACAACUUCAGCGCCAAGUGUAGAAGGAACAACGGCUACACCAGAAGGAACUACGACAAGGUCAGCUGUGGAAGGAGAUGGAACGGUUUCUGAACCAGAUCAUCGGAUAACAACCUCUGCUCUGAAUCUACAACAAACAACAACUUCUACCACUAACGAAGAAAGUACCACCAAGGAGGCAGAACAGGAAAUGACCGCCCUUUCACCAAUCCAAGAAAGUACAGCAUCUGCUUUGGACCUACAAACGACGACAUCUGCACCUGAACACGAAAGGCCUACCUCUAAACCAGAGGUGGAAGGAACAAAUACAGGUAAAGAGGAAGCAACACCUUCACCCGGCCAAGAGGCAAAGACCUCUGAACUGGACUCAGUAGCAAAAGACCCAGAAAAAGAAACUUCCCUUCCUAACAAAGAAGCAACAACCACUUUACCUGAAAAAGGAGCAUCUACCUCAGUGCCUGAGCUGGAAUGGACGACCUUGUCACCACAGCCAGGAAGAAAGACAUAUGCGCGGGAUCAUCAAGGAGCGACCCCCGAGUCACACGAAGACACGACAUCAUCUCCAUCAAGUCAAGAAGCCCCAACCUCCGGACCAGAGCUCAUAAAAACCACUUCAGCACCAAAUAAAGAAGGAUCGACAUCUGCAACACGUCAAGAAGGGACAACAUCUCUUCUACAGCAAGAAGGAACCACUUCUGCAACAGAAGCUGUGCCACCUGCCUCCGAGGAAAAACAAGAGGGAACAAGCUCUGAACCAAGUGAGCAGGAAUUACCCCCGAGCCAAAAGAAGAACGGACCACAGUAA